UUUAGUGAAAUCAUUACUGUUGUAUCAUCAAGCUGCAUUAAGUUUGCUCUCUUUCCUUAUAUCUGGCUCCCCUGUUGGGUUUUCUUUUUGCUUUUGAAUAUUAUCUGCUUUUUUUCAUUGCACCACAGUCCCCUUGUUCUAAGUUAUGUUUUCAUUAGCAGUUUUCUCAGGGUUAAUAUUUCUGCCAUUGACACACUGUGAAGGUAAAUUUUAUUGAAGAUCAUUUAUCCGCAGGUUCCAGUUCAGGGUGGCCUACCAUUGCCAAAUUAGCUCGUGGAUCUGGUUUUACAUUCUGGAAUGGUUGAUGACACUGAUCUGGCGUUAUUUGAGCAAAGUGCACAAGGUGAUUUUGAGACACUCUCCCCAAGUCUCCUUGGCAGUGUAUAUCAGCAACCUGUUGGAUCAAAUGGUGAUGAAGGAGGAAGUAGUAAGAAAGGAGGUAACAGUCAUGCGGGAGUCUCUAACCAAGGAGGUAAAAACAAAGUCCGGUCAGGAGCACGAAAGGGUAUUCCGUUUUCUGAGGAUGACCACAGAUUAGCUGUAGAGGUAGAUGCGAGACAAAACCUUAAUGUGUUAUUAUCUACAAGCGUUUUUAGGUUCCGUUAAACAGUGGUUUGUGUUUUUCAUGUUUGAUACUAUGACCCGGAAGUUUCUGCCCUUUUUGGUUAUGAUGAGCUGUUGCCCUUUGUCUUUUCUACGUCACAUGUUAUUUCUUCUAGGAUUUGGAUUAGUACGGGAAAGGUGAUCGGCGUAGCAAUUCUCGAAACUUUGUAGUAAACAAGAACGCGAGCCACCCUCAAAAGUAUUUCAUUCGUCUGAACUCAAUGAACAAAGACAGAAGGCGAUCAAGCACUGCCACAGUCCCUGGCUCACUGGUUCCUGGUGCACCAAUGAACAUGGGUCGAAUGUGUACAACCAACGGCUCAUAGGUAACACGAAAACACCUUUGUUUGUGACAGUGCACUUCGUUUUGGGUGUAAGAAAGAUGUGUAAAGGAUUUACCUGAACAUUCAAGCUUGUUCCUUUUAAAUGAGCUUUCUUAUUACUACUUAGUUUGUGGGGAUUGUUAUGAGGUUCCAAUAAAGAUGAUUAGAUUAGUUUGUGAACACAAUAAAGAAGCCUCUGUUAUGAAA